CAGGCAAGGCACGCAGCCGGAGGCCAUUUCCAACGAGCUGGCGGGGGCGAAAGAUGGCGACGCCCCUUGGGUGGUCGCAGGGGGGCUCCGGAUCUGUGUGUCUCGCCUUCGAUCAACUGCGGGACGUGAUUGAAUCUCAGGAGGAACUGAUCCACCAGCUGAGGAAUGUGAUGGUUCUCCAGGAUGAAAAUUUUGUCAGUAAAGAAGAAUUCCAGGAAAUAGAGAAGAAACUGGUGGAUGAGAAAGCUGCCCAUGCCAAAACCAAGGCCCUCCUGGCCAAGGAAGAGGAGAAGUUGCAGUUUGCGCUGGGAGAGGUGGAGGUGCUGUCUAAGCAGCUGGAGAAAGAGAAGCAGGCCUUUGAGAAAGCGCUCUCCAGUGUCAAGAGCAGGGUUCUGCAGGAGUCUAGCAAGAAGGACCAGCUCAUCACCAAAUGUAAUGAAAUUGAGUCUCACAUUAUAAAGCAAGAAGAUAUACUUAAUGGCAAAGAAAAUGAGAUAAAAGAGUUGCAGCAAGUUAUCAGCCAGCAGAAACAGAUUUUCAGGAAUCACAUGUCUGACUUCCGGAUCCAGAAGGAGCAGGAGAGCUACAUGGCCCAGGUGCUGGACCAGAAGCAUAAGAAAGCCGUGGGGACGCGUCGGCCCCGGAGCCGCCAGUGUCCCAGGGAAAAAUAAAAUGCUGCCUGCCUUCCUGUU